AUGGCCCCGUCUGCCUCGAAGCUUAUCGGUGGUACCGGCGCUGGUGGUGGUCCCUCCGGCGGCCCCAAGGUUCCCGGUCCCGGUGCAGACAACGAGCUGUCCACCUACUUGUUCAAACUCAAGAACACUAUCGCUCGCAUCGGCAUGAUGUCCCGAAUCAACAAGUCCACUGACAAUCCUUCUGUCAUCCUGCUCAAGAAGGAGAUCUACGACUUCUUCAAGUACUUGGAGGAUUGCCAGGAUUACUACGACAUGAGCAUCACCGCCGGCCAGGCUAAUCACCAAGGAGACUUGGCCGCCCGCCUGCUCUCCAUUUCGGACGGAGAGCCCCCCGAGAAGCAGCGUCUCUUUACCGCCGGUGAUAAGUCUCGUGCUGUCAGCCUCCGCCAGUGGAUCGAUGACAGCGUUCGUGCUGAUAGAAUCGUCGAUGAGAAGACCGUCAAUGAGGAGACCCACGAUGAGAUUUCCAACAUCUCUUCCGUCAUCACCUUCAUUGACGACAUUCCACGUCCCCCCACCAACCAUCCGAUCUGGGGUGUUGAAGGUAUUAUGCAUGGCCUGACCAUCAUUGGCAUCCAUAUCCGCUUCAAUCCGGAUUACAAGCACUUUCGUCACCAAUCCAAGGAGUACGGACACAACGGUCUCGAGCUUUCUGCUGUGUUCCAUGGCGCCCAUGGACAAUCCCAAGCCGGCAUCCACGGCAACAUCACCACCGGCGCAUACAGUGUUGUCAUCUCGCCGACCUCGGAGUCUACGGACAUUGACACUGGCGACGUCGUCUGGUAUUCCGGCUCGGGCUCCGAAAAUCACCAAGAUGUUGAGAAGGUUCCCGACCGAACUACGGGCACCAAGGCCCUUGCCGCCAGUCUUGCUACUGGAAACAUGGUCCGAGUCAUCCGCGCUGCCGCCAGCAAGGGCAAGCAAAUGCUCUUCAAGCACGCCCCCAAGGUCGGCUUUCGCUACGACGGCUUGUACCAAGUUACGCUCGCCACUACCUCUGUCAAUAAGCAUGGAGGCCGUAUCGAGCAAUUCAAGCUCGUUCGUUGCGAGAAUCAGGAUCAGCCCGGCCUGGAGGAACUCCGAGGCAUUCCCAGCCCCGGCCAGCAAGAUGAUCACGCGAAGAUCUUUGAGAAGUGGUGA